AUGUCGCGCAAGGGACUUAAAGGAAGCAGCACCAUCGGUGGAAAUGACGUGCUAACCAUUGACCAACUGCGCCACCAGGAUGACUGGGUGCUAGAUACGGAGCGAUACAGAUGCCACGUGUGCACGCGUAACUUUACGCGUUUCCGGCGAAAGCACCACUGCCGUAAGUGUGGCGAGGUAGUGUGUGGUAACUGCACGCUGAAGAAAGAGGCGGAGCUGCCCGUCAUCGGUCGAUCACUUGUUCGUGUCUGCAUGUCCUGUAUUCUGUCGCAUGCCAACGGCCAGAGUAAUCCACAGCCGCCACCCAUUGCUCCUACUUCUGGCACGGCCGGCACGGCUUCAUCGCCACCCCCGCGUGAGGAACACUGGGAGGCACAAAAUUUCCACUCGCCCACAGGCAACUCAGAGGGCGAUUUGUCGCAUUUUACUCGUGACUUUCAGCAGUCUGAAUUUGACUAUUCGCUGGACUUUAGCUGGGACCAUCCGUGGCCUAAGCCUCCUACUGUUCCGGGCGAGUCCGACCGUCUUGAGAUCUUGCGUGGGUUCGACAUCAUGGACACGCCCAGCGAAGACGUGUUUGAUAUUAUCUGCGAUCUUGCGAGCAACGCCCUCAAGAGCCCCAUCGCGGCUGUAAGUUUGUUGGACGAGGAUCGCGAGUGGUUUAAGGCCAGCGUGGGCCUUGCACAGAACGAAGUGCCAAGGUCUGUGUCAUUUUGCGCGCACGCCAUCAUGUCUAAAGAGCCCAUGGUCGUCAUGGACACGUUGCUGGACAAGCGAUUUGCAAAGAAUCCGCUGGUGACAGGUGCGGCAAAGAUUCGAUUUUAUGCUGGGGCGCCGAUCUGCACGCCGUCUGGUCACCUUCUUGGUACGGUAUUUGUGUUUGACACGCAUCCGCGUAAUACGUGUGAUAUUGCAACGCUCGAGAAGCUUUCGAACGUGGCGAUGAAGAAUUUGGAAGACCGUAAGAAUGCUGUGGCUGCUCCUCUUGAUAGUAGGGAGGCCGUGGAGGUCGUUGAAGGCGAUGAGCAGCAGACAAAUGUUCCAAAGCGCGCCGCUGAGCCGCUCCGAGAAUCAGGGAUUGGAAUUGCAAACCAAGUGGUGGCUCAACCUGUUGCUGGCGCGUCACAAGAUCUUGUGGCAGCUAACGCUGGUGAUGGUCAAGUGACGGCAGGUCCAAAGAUGGAGACGAUGCUUAUGGAUCUGCUGUGCCGUACCACUGAGACGCAACAGCAGUUAGCAACACAGCAGGGAGCAAUGUUCCAUACACUAGGUCAACAUACUGCUGACAUCGACAAGUUGGCGACGGCGAUGGCGCGUAUGGAGGCAAAAUUAGACGCAAUGGUGGAGUAA